AUGUUCAAUAUAAAAAUAGUAGCGCACCACAUCAAUCAAAAGCCGUUGAAAUAUAUCCGGCCAGCUAUGGUUAUAGUACUGCUGCUGGGCCAAGUUCAAGGAAUCAAUCUCAAUCAUCUUCCUAUAGUACUGAAAACAAUUCUUUGCAGAGAAACCAAUCUUUGGCUUAGGCUUGACGCGUCUCGUGUACAUAGCGCGGAGGUGCGGCGGCGGUGCGGUUUCGGCGCGGAGGCGGCACCGUGUACUCACGGCCUAAUACUAUUAGAGACCGAACUGCAGUCAGUCAGCGUUGAGGAUCUGUCGUGUGAAGUGGGGCCACCAUGCAGCUUGGUACUUUCAGAUGGCACGGUAUUUACAGGCAAAAGCUUUGGAGCUCGGUUGCCCGUGGAAGGAGAAGUUGUAUUCCAGACGGGUAUGGUGGGAUAUCCGGAGUCCUUGACAGAUCCAUCUUAUCACGCGCAGCUCUUAGUGUUAACGUAUCCACUAGUUGGCAACUACGGAGUACCCGAUGAAGAGGAAAUCGACGAACAUGGAAUACCUAAAUGGUUUGAGUCUAACCGUAUUUGGGCUGCCGGACUGAUCGUCGGUGAAGUCAGCACUCGAGCAUGUCACUGGCGUGCCAAACGCUCGCUAGGAGCAUGGCUAUCCGCCAAUGGCGUGCCAGGGUUGUGUGACAUUGACACUAGGGCUUUGACCAUCCGUCUUCGCGAAGGCGUUACACUUGGCCGCAUUGUGCAGGGAGUACCACCUUUUGGUCCACUGCCACCAAUAAAAGAUCCCAACGCGCGUAACUUGGUCGCCGAAGUGUCGGUAAAGGAGCCGAAAAUAUAUAAUCCCAAUGGUACAGUUACUAUAAUGGCUGUAGAUUGUGGUUUGAAAUAUAACCAAAUCCGGUGUUUGAUAACGAGAAAUGCUAAGGUGGUAUUAGUUCCAUGGGAUCACGACUUAAACCCAAAUCAAUACGAUGGUUUGUUCAUUAGCAAUGGUCCUGGUGACCCAGUUAUGUUGAAAAAAGUUGUAAACAACAUACGUGCAGUGAUUGAAGAUAAAGUGAAUGUAAAACCGGUUUUCGGAAUAUGUCUCGGACAUCAAUUACUAUCUACUGCAGCUGGCUGUAAAACUUAUAAAAUGAGUUACGGUAAUAGAGGCCACAAUUUACCAUGUACCCAUAGUGGCACAGGGCGAUGUUUUAUGACAUCCCAGAAUCACGGAUUUGCUGUUGGCACUGAUACACUACCAAACGACUGGAAAGUUCUGUUCACUAAUGAAAAUGAUAAAACAAAUGAAGGCAUUAUACACAAAACAUCUCCAUUCUUCAGUGUGCAGUUUCACCCAGAACACACAGCUGGGCCAACGGACCUAGAAUGUCUUUUUGAUAUAUUUAUGAAUACAGUCAAAUCUUACAAAGCCGAAAAGCCUUGUGUCGUUGAUGAUAUUAUUACAGAGAAACUUAAAUUUGUACCAACCAUACAUGAAAGACCGAAGAAAGUGCUUAUUCUAGGCUCUGGGGGAUUGUCUAUUGGUCAGGCUGGUGAGUUUGAUUACUCUGGAUCUCAAGCUGUCAAAGCUUUACAAGAAGAAAAAAUUCAGACAGUCCUGAUAAAUCCGAAUAUUGCUACUGUUCAAACAUCUAAAGGAUUAGCAGACAAAGUUUAUUUUUUGCCGAUCACUCCGGAAUAUGUUGAACAAGUUAUAAAAGCAGAACGCCCUACUGGUGUCUUAUUGACAUUUGGUGGUCAAACCGCUCUAAACUGUGGAGUGCAAUUAGAAAAAUCUAAAGUAUUCGAAAAAUACAAUGUAAACGUGUUAGGAACUCCUAUUCAAUCAAUUGUUGACACAGAAGAUCGUAAAAUAUUUGCUGAAAAAAUUAACGCAAUAGGAGAAAAAGUUGCUCCUAGCGCUGCUGUUAAUUCAGUCGAUGAAGCACUUGUAGCUGCCGGGCAAAUCGGUUACCCAGUAAUGGCUCGUUCUGCAUUUUCGUUGGGGGGUUUAGGUUCUGGUUUUGCUAAUAACGAAGAAGAACUUAGGAUACUUGCUCAUCAAGCUCUGUCCCACUCUGAUCAACUUAUAAUCGAUAAAUCUUUAAAAGGCUGGAAGGAAGUGGAAUAUGAGGUUGUUAGAGAUGCAUUCAAUAACUGUAUUACAGUUUGUAAUAUGGAAAAUGUAGAUCCCUUAGGGAUUCAUACUGGAGAAUCUAUUGUGGUUGCCCCAAGUCAAACACUUUCAAAUAGAGAAUAUUACAUGUUACGAAACACAGCUAUCAAAGUAAUUCAACAUUUUGGGAUUGUUGGAGAAUGUAACAUUCAGUACGCCUUAAACCCAAAUUCGGAAGAAUUCUACAUAAUUGAGGUAAAUGCGAGACUAUCCAGAAGUUCCGCUUUAGCUAGUAAAGCUACAGGCUAUCCAUUGGCAUAUGUUGCUGCUAAACUCUCACUAGGAAUUCCUUUGCCUGCUAUUAAAAAUUCGGUUACUACUGUUACUACUGCUUGUUUUGAACCCAGUCUCGAUUAUUGCGUUGUCAAAAUUCCAAGAUGGGAUUUGGCUAAGUUUACGAGAGUAAGUACGAAAAUUGGCAGUUCUAUGAAAAGUGUUGGAGAAGUUAUGUCAAUAGGGAGAAACUUUGAAGAAGCUUUUCAGAAAGCGUUGAGAAUGGUUGAUGAAAAUGUUAAGGGUUUUGACCCAAACAUUAAAAAAGUAAACGAAGGUGAAUUAAGUGAACCAACCGAUAAGCGAAUGUUUGUCUUAGCUGCAGCUUUAAAAGACGGAUAUACAGUAGAAAGACUAUAUGAAUUAACUAAAAUAGAUAAAUGGUUUUUAGAAAAGUUUAAAAAUAUCAUCGAUUAUUAUAAUAUAUUAGAAACAGUAAAAGGUUCCAUACCAUUUCAUAUUUUGAAAAAAGUAAAGCAAAUUGGAUUUUCUGAUAAACAGAUAGCUGCUGCAGUUAAAAGCACUGAAGUUGCUGUCCGAAAAUUAAGAGAAGAGUACAAAAUUACUCCAUCCGUGAAACAAAUUGAUACUGUAGCAGCUGAAUGGCCAGCAUCAACUAACUACCUGUAUCUUACUUAUAAUGGUAGCACGCAUGACUUAGAGUUUCCUGGCGGAUUUAUCAUGGUCUUGGGUUCCGGAGUCUAUCGCAUAGGAAGUUCGGUUGAAUUUGAUUGGUGUGCAGUAGGAUGUUUAAGAGAGCUUAGAAAUCAAGGCAAAAAGACAAUUAUGAUAAAUUACAAUCCUGAAACAGUCAGUACCGAUUAUGAUAUGAGUAACCGUCUGUAUUUCGAAGAAAUUUCUUUUGAAGUUGUUAUGGAUAUAUAUAAUAUAGAACAUCCUGAUGGAGUAAUUUUAUCUAUGGGAGGACAACUACCGAAUAACAUUGCUAUGGAUUUGCAUAGACAACAGGCCAUUAUUCUUGGCACUUCACCCGAUAUGAUUGAUAAUGCUGAAAACAGAUUUAAGUUUUCAAGAAUGUUAGAUCGCAAGGGUAUAAUGCAACCAAGAUGGAAAGAGCUCACCGAUUUAGACUCAGCUAUUGCAUUUUGUGAGGAGGUUGGAUAUCCAUGUCUCGUUCGACCAUCAUAUGUUUUAAGUGGAGCAGCUAUGAACGUAGCUAAUUCAAACCAGGAUUUAGAAACUUAUUUGAAAUCAGCUAGUCAAGUUAGUAAAGACUAUCCCGUAGUCAUAUCUAAAUUCAUAACAGAUGCUAAAGAGAUUGAUGUAGAUGUCGUAGCUGCAGAGGGUAUAAUAUUUUGUAUGGCAGUGUCAGAACAUGUCGAAAAUGCUGGCGUACAUUCGGGUGAUGCAACAUUAGUUACUCCUCCACAAGAUAUCAAUAACAAAACAUUGGAUAAAAUUAAAGAAAUUGCCAGUAUUAUAGCCGAAACACUAGAUGUCACAGGUCCAUUCAACAUGCAAUUAAUCGCAAAAGAUAAUGACCUCAAAGUAAUCGAAUGUAACGUCAGAGUAUCAAGGUCCUUCCCAUUCGUAUCCAAGACUCUAGAUCAUGAUUUUGUAGCAAUGGCCACAAAAAUAAUAUUAGGAAUACCAGUAGAACCCGUUAAUGUGAUGACAGGCUGUGGAAAAGUAGGUGUGAAAGUACCCCAGUUUUCAUUCUCUAGACUGGCAGGUGCUGAUGUCACUUUAGGAGUAGAAAUGGCGUCCACUGGUGAGGUAGCUUGUUUUGGUGAAAAUCGUUAUGAGGCCUAUUUAAAAUCCUUAAUGAGCACGGGCUUCAGAAUACCAAAAAAAGCCAUUUUACUGUCUGUAGGAACAUUCAAGCAUAAAAUGGAAUUACUCCCUAGUGUAAGAGCAUUACACAGAAUGGGUUAUAAACUGUAUGCCAGUAUGGGAACUGGCGACUUCUAUGCGGAACAUGGAGUUGAAAUUGAAAGUGUUCAAUGGACAUUCGAUCACAUUGGCGACCCUGAGGACGUGCGUUCAGAUGGCGAACUGAUGCACUUGGCCGAUUUCAUGGCAAGACGUGAAUUAGAUUUAGUUAUAAAUCUCCCAAUGAGAGGCGGCUCACGUCGAGUUUCUGCAUUUAGUACACACGGAUACCGCACACGUCGCCUAGCUGUAGAUUAUGCUGUACCUUUAGUAACGGAUGUCAAAUGUGCUAAGCUUUUAGUUCAGGCUAUGACAAAGUGUGGUGGCGCACCAGUAAUGAAGACACACACAGAUUGUAUGACAUCUCGAAACAUUCUAAAGUUGCCUGGUUUCAUUGACGUACACGUACAUGUACGAGAACCCGGUGCUACUUAUAAAGAGGACUUUUCAUCGUGCACUGCUGCUGCCCUUGCUGGUGGCAUAACUAUGAUAUUAGCUAUGCCAAACACAAAUCCUCCCGUGGUAGAUCGUUCAUCAUAUGAUUACGCAUCUGCAUUAGCUCGUGUUAGUGCUAGAUGUGACUACGCCUUAUAUAUGGGAGCUGCAACAACUAACACAGACACAGUUGCUGAAAUGGCUCCACAAGCAGCAGCUUUGAAAAUGUAUCUCAAUCAAACAUUCACAACUCUGACAAUGGAUGAUAUGACAGUGUGGCAAAAACAUCUUCAAAACUGGCCAAAAAAAAUGCCUGUGUGUGCCCAUGCUGAACGGGAGAAAACUGGAGCCGUUAUUUUGAUGGCAUCUUUACUAGACAGACCUAUCCAUAUUUGUCAUGUGGCUAGAAAAGAAGAAAUUCUUAUAAUCAAAUCUGCCAAAGAGAGAGGGCUAAAAGUUACUUGCGAAGUGUGCCCUCAACAUUUAUUUUUGAGUACAGCAGAUAUACCCCAUUUAGGUGAAGGUAGAGCCGAAGUGCGACCAGUGCUAUGCAGCCCAGAAGAUCAAGCUGAAUUAUGGAAAAAUAUUGAUGUUAUAGACGUAUUUGCCACUGAUCAUGCUCCGCACUCCGUUGAGGAAAAAAAUUCAGAAAAACCACCUCCUGGUUUUCCUGGAUUAGAAACAAUUUUACCGCUUCUUCUCAAUGCUGUACACAAGGGACGUUUAACUAUAGAAGAUCUCAUAAAUAAAUUCCAUCGAAACCCUAGAAAGAUCUUUAACCUACCAGAGCAACCAAAUACUUAUGUGGAAGUAGAUAUGGACUAUGAAUGGACAAUCCCACAAGCUAUGGAAUUUACUAAAUCAAAGUGGACUCCAUUUGCGGGCAUGCAAGUUUGUGGUGCAGUACACCGAGUCACGCUUCGUGGUGAAAUAGCUUACGUCGAAGGGCAAGUUCUCGUGCCUCCAGGCUUUGGUCAAAAUAUUCGUGAUUGGCCAGUUCCUAAGAAACAAACCCAUCCGCUUAUUGAUAAAAUUGAAAAAGAGUACAGCCGGCCAAAUUCUGCACUUGACGUUUAUAUGUCUGGUGAUUUAAGUAGGCUGAGCGAUAUUGACUUAGAUCAAAUGGACAAUAAACCUGAAAGUCAAACUAAGCCUAACGUCCAUUUCAGCGAAAUUGCCGCCAUGAGAUGUCUGUCUCCGUUACCACCACAACACACUAGGCAAAGAUGUGACAGCACAUCCAACAAUCCACCUGCUAUUUCAGUCGCUCAACGUCAACGAAGUGAAAUAUAUGGCAAAAGUAUUCUUACAGUGGACUCUUUUAGUAAAGACAUCCUGAAUGAUAUAUUUAACCUUGCUCAGUUCAUGAAGAUAAGCGUGAAUAAAGGCCGAUUUUUAGAUGAUAUCUUACGUGGCAAAAUUAUGUCUUCAAUAUUUUAUGAGGUUAGUACACGAACCAGUUGCAGUUUUGCAGCAGCAAUGCAAAGAUUAGGAGGUUCUGUUAUUCACACGGAUGCGACAAGUUCAUCUGCUAAAAAAGGCGAGACGUUGGAAGAUAGUGUUUCAGUAAUGGCCAGCUACGCUGAUGUAGUAGUACUACGUCAUCCAGAACCUGGAGCUGUUGCUCGUGUAGCACGAGUGAGUCGCAAACCUAUAAUAAAUGCAGGCGAUGGAAUAGGGGAGCAUCCUACACAAGCGUUGCUCGACGUUUUCACAAUUAGAGAAGAAAUUGGUACAGUUAAUGGAUUAACUAUAACGAUGGUUGGAGAUUUGAAGAACGGACGGACUGUACACUCCUUAGCACGACUUCUUACUCUGUACCAAGUACAACUACAGUACGUAAGCCCUCCUGGUUUGGGUAUGCCGAAGCACAUAACAGAUUAUAUAGCCUCGAAAGGAAUAACUCAGAGAGUAUAUGAACGGCUGGAAGAUGUACUUGGUGAAAGCCAUGUCUUAUACAUGACGAGAAUACAACGCGAAAGAUUCCAAAGCCAGGAAGAAUAUGAAAAGACACGGGGCUUAUUAGUGGUUUCGCCUCAGUUGAUGACACGUGCUCGAAGACGUAUGAUAGUUAUGCACCCGCUGCCGCGUGUUGAUGAAAUCUCGCCAGACUUCGAUUCGGACCCUAGAGCCGCAUAUUUCAGACAGGCCGAAUACGGUAUGUACGUGCGCAUGGCUUUACUUUCCAUGGUCGCAGGAGUCAAUCCUCUUACGUAA